AUGACCGAAAAGCUAGGAAAGAUACCUCCAAUGGAAAAAUUGGGGAGUAACAAUUGUUCUGCUACCCACAGUCCAACAUCGAAUUUUACUGGUACAAGUUUACAUUCUGGAUGUGGAAUAAAUUCAUCAAAUGCAGAAAGGGCCAUUGGUCAUCUUGAGAGAGGAAAGGAGUCGAUUACAAACUUGGCUUUAUUAUUCCGUCCCAAGUUGGAAAAAAUUGGAGCUGUGACUCCUGGGAAAGCAAGCUCUAAAAUUUUGUGGAAUGACUUCCGUGACUUGGCCAAACACUUGAGUAAAUCUGGUAAAUUAAUUGAUAGAAAUUCCAAGCUACUGAAAGAUUGGGCUGCUACCUUUGAAACCGAUGAAAUAAGUAUGCUAGUUCUAGAGUACCAGAAAUUUGCACUGCUCCAUUCGAAUAUUAAUAAAAAAUUGGCAGAGAGAAUGGAGGUUUUGAGUUCUAAGGUUAAGCCACUAAAUCGGGUUGAAAUUCAAAGAAACGUAGACUUGGCUAAGUAUAUCAAAGCAAAAAGAAGUUUCGAAGAUUUUAAGAAGAAAAGCACGGAUCAAGCUACAAUGGCUCAACUUCAGAAUGAUGUAAACUAUUACUCUACAUCUUUAAAAGCAUCUCAACUUAGUUUAGAAAAAACUGUUCGGGAAGAUGUCAGGCCUGCUAUAUUCGCAUUUGCCUAUGCGUUUAAAGCUUCCACAAUCUCCAUCAACAAAAUAUGUCAGGAGACGCUACUUGAUUUUGAUGAAUUCGAAAGAAUGAUUAAAAAUCCUGACAGCAUUUAUGAAUCAAAACUCAACCUUACAGGGUUUGACUUGCUUUCUGGGAUUUCUGAUUUGUCAUGCUCCAGUGCAAGAAUCGAGAGAAGUCCCUCGUUACCAGAAAGAUCAACAGAUGCCUCUUACAACAUAAGACAGAACAAUGAUUCACUAAUUUCUUUUAUCGGUGAAGAUCAAAAUAGUCUGAACGAUGGUGAGAAACCUCUUCGGCUGGAGGAAACGGAAUACAAGAGUCACUACCAUUUUACGAAACCUGCCAAAAUAUUCAAGCCUUUUGGGUCCGAUCCGAGAGAUUUGGAAAACCCCGAACUACAUGAGAGAUUUAAUGAGAAGUUAUCAUUCGAUACAGCUGCUAACUACAAUACCUAUGUCCAGCGCAACGCUGGUGACCAAAACAACAGCACAGUGAAGAUCAGCCAUUACAUGAACCAACAAGAUACGUCUGUUUGGUCAAAAACUUGA